CUGGCGAAGGGAGGUACACGCGUGGAAAGGACAGCAACGAACGCAUCAUGGCAGAUCAGCAUACCAGAGUGUACAUUGCCGACAGCAAGGUGUCGUGGAUUGCGGCAGAGAUUCUCAGGUCCAACGGCAACACGAUCGACGUCCAGACGUUCCCAGACCCGUCUGAAGAAAACCUCGACGAUCAUCCGCAGACACCUACUCAACGCACCGUGGCGAAAGACAGCGUGUGCUUGCAAAACGCAUUGCCAGACGAAGGUUGCGAAGACAUGGUGAAUUUGAAUUACCUGCACGAAGCGGCCAUUUUGUACAACCUCAAGGCCCGUUUCCACGGCGGACUGCCCUACACGUACACGGGUCCCAUCUGCAUUGCCGUGAACCCCUACACAUGGUUGGACAUUUACAACCCAACAGUUCAAGAUCAGUAUUUGGACACGUCCAAACUCACCGAGUUGCCACCACACGUGUACGCCGUGAGCGCGCGCGCGUUCCAUCACAUGAAGACCACGGGACACAACCAAAGCAUCCUCGUGAGUGGCGAAUCCGGCGCCGGGAAGACCGAGACCACCAAGAUCCUCAUGUCCCACUUGGCCACGGCCGGCGACCGCGACGCGCACAACAAGGAACUGACGCUUAACAUUGUCGAGCGCGUGCUACAGUCGAAUCCGCUCAUGGAAUCGUUUGGGAACGCCACGACGUCCCGCAACGACAACUCGUCUCGCUUCGGCAAGUUCAGCGAACUCCAGUUCAACGCCGACUACGAACUCGUGGGGGCGCGGUGCAACACGUACCUGCUCGAAAAGUCCCGCGUGUCGACGCACGGCAAGGGCGAGCGCAAUUACCACAUUUUCUACCAGCUCUUGGCUGCGCCCCAAGAGUUCCGAGACCGCGUGGAACUCCCAGACGCUGACCCGACCGCGUUUCCAUUCUUGAGGGGCGUGGCUGGAGACGACGGAAACACCCUCAAUGAGUCCGACGCAGACUUUUUUGAGCGCACGCUGAAAGGACUCACGACUCUCGGCAUUUCCGAGUCAGAUCAAAUGUCGGUGUUUGGCGUAGUGGCCGCAAUUUUGCACCUCGGUCGUGUGGAUUUCAAAGGAGGAGACCAAGCCGCGAUGGUGGCCGAGGCGGAGACGGUGGCCGCGAUUUCCAAGCUGCUCGGGUUGGACGCACAGGACUUUGAGCAGAGUUUAUGUACCCGUCAAAUGUCGGCGGGGCUGGAUACGUACACCGUUCCACACACGAUGGACCAAGCCACAAAUGCACGCACGGCAUUGGGGGUGGCGUUGUACAGCAAGCUGUUUGAGUGGCUCGUCACGCACGUGAACGCAUCGACGGCGUCCAAGAUGCACGUCGCUCAACGGAUUUGUAUUUUGGAUAUCUUUGGGUUUGAAAUCUUUGACGCCAACUCGUUUGAACAACUGUGCAUCAACUACGCCAACGAAAAGCUGCAGCAAAAGUUUACCCAAGACGUGUUCAAGUCGAUCCAAGUCGAAUAUGAAGAAGAGGGCAUCCCUUGGACCAAGAUUGAGUUUGCCGACAACAUGAACGUACUGGAAUUGAUUGAAGGUCGCUUUGGGCUUUUGGCGUUGCUCAACGAAGAGUGCAUGCGGCCCAAGGGGUCGGACGUGGCGUUCACCAACAAACUGUCGGCGCACUACAACGACAAUGACCGAUUCGAACUGCCUCGUCUUAAGCGCAAUUGCUUUACAAUUCUCCAUUACGCUGGACAAGUCGUCUACGAAACGAGCGGGUUCCUCGUCAAGAACACGGACAUGUUGCAACGCGACACGGUGCUGCUCUUGAACCGGUCGACGUCUCCGUUUGUCCUGUCGCUGUUCCCGCAAGCCGAAAAACCCGUCACGAACCGCCUCAAGCGAUCCAAUUCGAUCUUGGGCGAUUCCGUGGGCACCCAGUUCAAGUCGCAAUUGAACGCACUCAUGGAAGACAUUCGCCGUACCCACGUGCAAUACGUUCGUUGCAUCAAGCCCAACGCGACCAAAAGCGAUACGCUUUUCUCCAAGAGCAGCGUCACGAGCCAAUUGCAAUGCGCCGGUGUCGUCGAAGCAGUCAAGAUCAGCCGAUCGGCGUUUCCAAACCGCCUCACACAAGACCACUGCUUGGAUCGAUUUCAAAUGCUCGCGCCCAGUCACUCUGUCGACGCAUGCGACGUGUUUUUAGGUCAAAUGCUGCCACCAACCGACUACCAAUUGGGCAAAACCCGCGUAUUUUUCCGCGCCGGUGCUCUCGAACGAUUGGAGGAACUCCGCACGACAAAACGCAACACGUGCGCGAUCCUGUUGCAACGCAUGCUGCGAGGAUGGCUCGCCCAGAGCCAAUUCCAAUCCCUUCGCGCCGCCACGGUUCGCCUUCAAGCGUAUUCGCGAGGGUUUGUGGUGCGCCAACGGUAUUUGGCCAUGCGCCAAGCGUCCAUCACGCUGCAGUGCGCUGUCCGAUGCUACGUGGCGACUCAAAUUGUCCACGGCAAACGACAGACGAAGCGCGCGACUCAAAUUCAAUCCGUCGUCAAGAUGUACCGUGCGCGGACGGCGUAUGCGCGCAUUCGCCAAGCGGUGCUCAAGAUGCAAUGCCUUGGGCGUGGGUUUAUCGCCAAGAAAGGAUACGCUCGCCUGUUGGUGCAAGCCAAGGAAGAAGCCAAGUUGGAAAACCAAAUCCAACGACUCAAGGACCGCUUGCGUGAAGAAAAGGCCCGCAACGAACAACUCCAACGUCGCUCGAGUAUGAUGCUGGACGCUCCUGGGUUGGAUCAAGAGUUGGAAGGCGCGAGUGGCAUGAUUGACCAAUUGCGGUCUGAGAUGGCGCUGCUCAAAGAGUCGAAUGCUGCGCUAAAGGCACAAAACGCAACCCUCAAGAAAGAAAAGGACCACAUGGAGCGCGGAGCGUACGUAAAUGGCGCGUCGUUCACGGCCGCCAACCACCGCGCCAUCAAACUCCAGGAAGAAGUCGAGUUCCUCAAGCUAGCCCAUGUCCGCAUCAAGGACACACACAAGACGCUUCGGUUGCAAUCGGCGCAAGGUGUCGACACGAUCCGCCACUUGCAGCACGAACUGCACCAAGUCGUGUGCGAACGCAACGCACUGCAGCUGGGUCUUGUGAACCUCCAAAAUCACGUGCAAACGCUCGACGCCGACAACCACGAACUCACGACCGUGAACGCUCGACUUCGAGUGAUCUUGAGGCAAGACCCUGUGUUGAACCGCAAGUCGCGGGACGAAGUCGCGGGGCUCAUGAAGACGGUGCGGCACGCGCAAGAGGCCCGCAAGCCGCCGUCGUCGUCCGUCCCCCACUCGCUUGCGUCGUCGUCAUCAUCUUCGUCGGCGGCGGCGUUGUCGAUGCCCCAAUUGCUGCCAGAAGUCGCGUCCAUCUUGCUGCCCAAAGUGCCGCGCACAAAGAACCCCGCCCAGCGCGUGAUCCACGUCGUGGCGGCGCCAGAAGGCCCCGUGUCGGGCAUCCGACAGCCCAAGGGCGCCGAUGGCGCGUUGGCGUUCCCUGGCAAGGUCAUGGGCAUGGAACCCAACACGGACGACGACGACGUCAAGUUCCGCAUCACGCUCUUGGACGAAGAAAAGGAGGUGCAGCCGCCAUUGCCGACGCAGCCGUCUGCGAUGAAGUUGCCGCUGCCGCCGCCCACAAAUGUCGCGCCGUUUGUUCCGGGGUCGCCCUGGACCAAACAACAGCAACCAAACAACUCACCACACAUUAAACAGCCAUCUCAACGCACAAACAAUCACCACCCUCGCAAGCCGACCGACCAGGACCGGCCACGAAGCCACAGCAACUCGUCGUCCAAGUCAACGUCGUCGACUUCAUCCCAAGUGUCUCAAUUCCGACGCCAUAACAGCACCAACCACAACCACUCGCCACCACCUCCAUCCCAGCAAAAGUAUGGGAACAACAGCAACGCCCGGAUGACGCCCCGUCAAAACUACUCGAAUGCUUCGACCUACAACAACAGUGGCGGGUACAAUAUUCAACAGCGCACCAACCAUCAAGUACCCCCGGCAUCGUCGGUGCAGUAUGUCGGAGGCGGCCAACAAAAUGGACACAAUCCGUACGCGGCGCCGUUCCAAGCCACGACGGGGGUAUUGCAGCAAUCCCGCGGAGAACGGACGGGGUCGCCGCCGCCGCUGCCGCAGCAACCCCCGACGCCGCAUGUCAACGUAGGGCGCGGCGGACGACAUGUCGAGAUUUAGAGGACAAGCAUAACAAGGACACUGAUAUGAGAACGUUCGUUACAUGUAGUCUUGUUGCUAUGGAGAGACGCUUAAUCUUGGAUUUCGACGAUGAUUUCGACUUCUACAGGAAUGCCAAGCGGCAACGCGUUGGUCCCGACGGCCGAACGCGCGUGAAUGCCACGGUCCCCAAAGAUCUUGACGAGGGUGUCGGACGUGCCGUUAAUGACAGACGGCUGCGCGGUGAACCCGUCGACGCAAUUGACAAACCCCACGACCUUGACGAUGCGCUUGACGCGGUCCAAGUCGCCGAGUUCUUGCUUCAACGUCGCCACGAGCGCAAGCGCGACGUGGUGCGCGGCUUCAUAGCCUUGUUCGGCAGUCAGGUCCACGCCGAUCUUGCCCUUGAUGAGCUCCCCGCCCGCGGGUUGCGGCAAGUGUCCAGCCGUGAAGAUGAGGUUGCCCGACCGCACCGAGUUGCGGUAGUUACCCUUGGGGGUGGCGACGGCGGGAAGGACAUAUCCGAGUUCCUUGAUGUGGGCUUCCGUGUGCACGAAGCGCGCGGCGGCGGCGGCAGGCUUGAGAACGAGCGAGCGGAACAUGGCGAGUUGAGAAA